AUGUCUCAAAACGCUGUUCUCUCCGAUUUCGAUAAAUUCGACAAUUCUACAAAAGAGGCUCUUGUAAUUAUUGGAAACAAUAUUUUACUUGUGUCUCAGUAUUUUUAUAAACUGAAUUUCGUCCUAGCAAUUUUGGGUAUCUUUAUAAACGCUUUUCAUAUCAUCAUACUCUCUAGAAAACCGAUAAUCUUCAAUGUUAUCAAUGUGAUUAUGUUGGGUAUCGCUAUCAGUGACACGGUGAAUUUGAGCUGUUUAGCUUAUGAAUUUAUCACGGUGAUUUCCGAAUCGUUCGAAGAUGAAUGUGCCUCUCCGCAAAGUUCUCUUAUCACAAGGCUUGGGACAGAGAUCUAUCAGUCUUAUGUAGUUCUCGAUGGAGUUUUGAAGAUCGUUCCUGCUAUUGUGCUUCCAAUACUGGCUGUUCUAUUGAUAAGAGAAUUGAAGAAGGCAGAAGUUUCCAGAAAGAAAAUGUCUGUAUCUUCUCAAAGCGCUAACAAUUCUGAUAACACUUCUAAAUUGGUUAUCAUUAUGACAAUCACUUGUAUUUGUGCUGAAGGACCAAUGGGAAUAGCAUUUGUACUUGAAGGUUUAGUAGAUGAUGUUCCAAAAUUGAGAGAAAUAGUCACCUGGUUCGAGUCAAUUAUUUACACUUCCGUCAUUUUGAACGCAACUACUCACUUUAUUGUCUGCCUCAGAGUUUCUACACCGUAUAGAAAAACUGUCAAAGAGUUGUUUGGACACAACGGAUCACAGAAUCCUAUAACAAUAACUCCAAAAAUCAGUUCAGCAAGUAUUGUUACACAGAGACAAGUGGAUGCCAGGAUAGAUGGCUAA